AAAAACUUUUGAAAACUUCAUAUGAAUUGUGGUUUAGAUUUAAAUUAAUUGUGAUUUAUAUGUGAAUUAAAAGUUUAUUUGAAGUGAAAGUGUAUUUCAAGACAUGACUGAAAGAGACACUCAUUUCAAUGAUAGGAAGAGACGCGAAGAGGCGGAGACACAGAAAGAGAUUGGAAACAAACACUUCAAGAGUGGAGACAUCGAUGAGUCCAUCAAAUGCUACACAAAUGCCAUUCAAUUGUUUGCCGCGAAUCCAGUGUUUUAUUGCAACCGAUCCAUGGCUUACCUCAAGAAAGGCCUUCCACUGGAAGCCCACAAAGACUGUGAUUUAGCCUUAAAUAUAGACCACAACUGUAUUAAAGCGUUGUAUAGAAGAGGUCUAUCGCGAAGACAUUUGUUUAGGUAUUCAUUGGCCGCCGAAGACUUCAAGCGAGUCGUGACAUUGGAUCCCAACAAUAAUGAAGCCAAACGCGAAUUAGAGUCCAUUCAGCGGUUGAUUGUCUCGAAAGCCGUUGUGGACAUCAAACCCAUUGAUAAGCCGAUUGGGUUUCAAUCUAACAAACCGUUGACCAGAGUUUCCAUCACUGAGAAGAAUGUACUCAAUAUUAGCACUGAAUUUGUGGUUAAAUUGCCGCAAAAAGUUCCCAAAAAUUAUUACCAGUUUGAGUGCGAUUGGCGUCAAUUGAUUGGCAAAAAUAGUCUGCAAUUAAGAGUGGAUUACUUGCAAAUGAUUGGUCCCGAAGACAUUCGCACUCUAUUGACGUCCACAUUAGAGCCGCAGAUGAUGUCAGACCUCUUGAACACUAUUUGUCACUCAAAUGACUCGCAACUAAUUUACGCUGUUUUGAGUCAAAUAUCUAAAACUCCGCGAUUCGACACAAUUGUCCUCUUUUUGUCACAAUCGGAUCAAAAGGUUUUGGAGACAAUUAUCGAUAAAUUAAAGCGAAAUAAUUUCGAUGAGAAACUCAUCUCUGAGAUCAAGAUAUCAUUCUUAUGA